AUGUCCGACCCUCUGGAGUAUCUUGAAAAAUUGGACUUCAACACUCGAAGGCAGCCGCUGUAUUCCCACGUAAUCACGCAAUUUCCCAAGCCUAACGAGCCAGAGGCGUUAGUGCGUCUGUGCCGCUGCUGGCAGUCACACAAGUUCCCAUAUUGUGACGACACGCACAAGUUGCUGGUGGAGAAUGGUGACGACGUGGGUCCUUACGUAGCACGCUUGCGUGCAUUGAGUGGCGGGAAAAGGCAAUUUGUCAAGCUGCGUCAGCCUGAGGUUGUACCAGCUGCGUUAGGUUUGUGCUGCAUUGAUGAAUGA